UUCAAACAUCUCUCCCUAUAUUUCCACGACAUGAAUAUUGUCCUGUCUGCUGGUAAGCUUGUGCAGCUAGCUGUGCUUGCGUUUGCCGGAUGGCUGCUUCUGCAGUCGCUGUUCCUGAGCGUGCAAACGUUCAUGGUUUUCUACUUUCCAACCACGAAUGUUCCCUAUCUUCAUCCUGUGCCGCCUGCCAACGAGACUGCCGAGCUCAUCUCGCUCGCAUGGAAGGAACCAUUUGAAUACGAGGCCAAGGUAUAUGUCAACAAUAAGCCACGUUCUUCCAGAAUGCCACCGAAAGUCUGGCACAUCGAGCCGCAGAGCCUGGCGAACCGGUACCCAGUCUUUGAGAAGCGCCUGGGUCUGAAUCUAACGGAUACGGAUACGAGGUUCAUGUGUGUUUUCAUUCAGAAGGCUGGCCAGUUUACACCUCACCCGAAUAUCAGCGACCCCCAUCUGGUUGUUGAUCAGAGCCUGAUUGCGACUACGUCAAUUUUGACUACGUGCUACAAUGAUGACCAGAAGGGAAAAGGUAUCAAGGCCCAUUGCGUCUCGAAAUCAACAUUCCGGGUGGAUACCCAGGCCAAGUGGAAGAUCCAUCUCGAGGACAACUGCACCGUCGUCCAUGGAAAAUCACUCGGCACUAGCGCCAAGGACGUGUACCUCCCUCUGCUCUAUCUGGACAGUGACGCCAAGUCUGAAUGGAAAAAAUUCCCUCUUGCUAAUCGCAGCAGAAUCAACGAGGAGCCUGAAGCACUCAGUGCAACUGUUGAUAUUGCCAUAGGGAUUCGUGGCGCUUCUAACCGCAUCGAACGCAGAGUGAACGAUGAGGUGUACAGGUUGUUUAAAUUGAAUGAGGGCAAGCUUUUGGCGCCACGCCUAAACCUUUGGUCAUCGACGGCCAGUUCGACAGUCUCAACCGCGAUUUACCUUGCGCUCUACCCAGCACUACUCUCUCUGUGGCUCAUCCGGCAGCUCUACAUUGCCAGGCUUUAUUUGGCAUCAGCCUGUUCGAACAGCGGAAAGGCCAACUCGAUUUUUGCGAUGUAUAUAUUCCAAGAGAUAUCCCAGACAACCUUGAUUGGUACCAUUGGGCUAGUGGUUCCGCAUGCAGGGUUAGAUGGGGCGCUCGUUAACCUUGGCUUUGCCUGGUGUUUGAUGAAGUUCCUCCUUGGGAUUAUGCCUCAAAGACGGGUGGCGAGUGUCAUACGGUAUCUCAGCGGUUCUCGGGCGACUAACACCAGUGACAGGGAAAAGGACGAUGAGUCGCUGCAAACUAAGGAGACCAAGGAGAACGACCCGGAGAGUGCCUAUUCCGAAAUAUGCUCAUGGACUUUUAAGCUAUUGCUCGUGGCUAUUGGAGCAUCUCUUGUCGUGGAGUACGCCUAUCAAGCGUAUAUCUCCGGCGGCAUUGAUAUUCAGUACCUGCAUAUGUCUGAUGGGAGUCAAGUUCACACACUUUUCUGGGCUAUAGAUCACCUCAGUCACAGGCUGGUGCCCUGGAUCUAUGCUACUUACUUCACACCAUCUAUUAUUUUGGUGUUCAAACGCAAGUCGACUACGUACGUGCCGAUUGCAUACCAUCUUCUUCAAUCGAUUGAGUUCGCAGUCAUCGGAUCGCUUUGCCUCUACGCAGUUCCCAGUGUCGUGAACGGCAUCUGCAGCAUUAUCUUGCUUAUCCAGUGGAUUUACUACAAUAAAUUGUGAGCGUUGAUGCUGGUUUGCACACGCUUAUUUG